UCUAGGGUUUUGUGCUCCCUCCAUGAUUUAAGAGCUAGAGAAACCAUUUGCCAUCCUUUUCUCCCAAAUUUUUUUCCCUCUCUUCUCCCAACAACACACCAUCGAGCAAAGCAAAGGCGAGAGGAGGAGAAGACGAGGAGUUUUCUCCCAAUCCUGAGGGCUUGCAAGCAAAAAUGGCCCCCCUCCCAACCCCACCACCACCAUCCGCCCCUUCCUCCGCGCCCCCUUUCAAAUCCAACGCCUCGAGCUCUCGCCCCAACCGCGCGCCGCCCGAGGGCGCGCCCACCUCGCCGGCGGCGGCCACCAGGCCGCCACCGUUCGCCAUGGUCCCGGCGGUGUCCGAGGCCGUCCUCGCGGUGUUCGACGUCUCCACCACGCUCCGCUCGCAGGGGUACCUCGCCGGGCAGGAGCUGCCCAGCAUCACCCUCCCCGAGGACCGCGCCCCGGAGGUGUUCGAGCGGCUGCUCGGGUCCUUCCUCGCGCAGUCGCAUGGGCCCGGCGUGCUCCCGCCGCGCCCCAUGCCUCCCCUGCUCGGGGACGGCACCCCCGUGGGGCUGCUCCGCCUGUACCUCGCCGUCAGGGCGUGCGGCGGGUUCGAGGCCGUGCGUUCGUGGGCGGCCGCCGCCGAGAUGGCCGGCCUCAACCCCGCCAUGGACGUCCCCAUCAUGCUGGUGUACCACAAGUACCUCUGCCCCCUGGAGGCGAGCUUCCUCAGGGCCCAGAAGCUGAGGGAGGAGGCCGGGAGCAGCGGCGGGAGCGCCAAGAAGGGCAAGUUCCUCGCGCCGGCGGCCAGGGACGCCGAGGGCGUCGAGGAGGUGCUGGACCUGAAGCGCAAGAGGGAGAACCUCGUGGGGAUGCUCAACUGGGUGCGCCAGGUGGCGAAGAAGCCAGAUCGGCGUCGCUCCGGCAGGAACGCCGCCGACAACCACCUCUCCAUGGCGUUGAUGUUCCGCCGCCAGAUGUUCGUCGACGACGGCUUCAGCGACAAGCCCCAUGGCUGCGCAUCGCCUGAGCCCGAGGCAACAGAGCCUGAGAGUGGUCUUACAACUGAGGAUGGACAGUAUGAUGGAUGGGAUGAUCAACAAUCUGCAGGUGGGAGCAGUAACUGGAAUUCUCGUGCAAAUCGCUCUUUUGGUCUGGCAGAUAUUCCAGAAUGGACUGGGAAGCCUUCAUUACCUUAUGAAGAUCCAGAUAUGCUGAGAUUUCUUGGAGAGCCUAUUUUAACUCCAAAAAACAAUGAGGUCUUUGAUGAUACUAUUGGUAAGGGCAGGCCAGACAAGUGCAACUGUGAAGUCCCAGGUUCCACUUCUUGUGUCAGAUUUCAUGUGGCAGAGAAAAAGACCGAGCUGAAGCGUGAAAUGGGCUCAUCAUACUAUGCAAUGAAGUUUGAUGAAAUUGGACAGGAUGCAGCAUUAACAUGGCAAAAGGAUGAAGAAAAGAAGUUUGAGACCAUUGUCCAGCAGAAUCUGCCUUCAUCUAAGUACAAUUUCUGGGACAAGCUGCGUGCCGCCUUCCGUUACAAAGGUGAACGUGCCCUUGUGAGUUACUACAACAAUGUUUUCCAGCCGCGCAGAAGAGCCUUCCAGAAUCGAGUAGCUCAACAUGCUAAUGGUGUAGAUAGUGAUGAUGACUCAAUUGAACCUGCCUUCCUACGCCUUCGUCAAGACGGUGGUAAGAGUAGAUCCAGGUCUUCUGCUUCCUCUAGGAACCAAAAUCAGUCUUAGGGUGAUAGUCUUCUAUAAGUAACUGGUGGCUCCAGUUCAGCUUCACCUGGAGCUCAAGACUCAAAAGGUUCAUUUAUUUUUAUCUUCACCAAUUGGUUACUGGACUGGAGACGGUAAGUGAGCUUCAAUUGGGAAUCUCACUGAGACUUGGUGGUGGUUUUUGUGAAUACCUCUGUGUGGCGCGUUGCCCGUUUACCUUAAAAUCUCAAUGCAACUGUGUUGAUAUUUAGACUAUCUUAAAAGGUUGUUUUACCA